AUGCCCCAUAAGCUUGCCGAGCAACGAUAUCCUGGCACGAUUGACGAAAAAGUUGGCUGCGAAGUGGCCACAUAUAUAUGGAUGCAAGAGCACUGCGCUAACAUCCGGAUACCAAACCUUUACGCAUUUGGCUUUACUGACGGCGGCCAUUUCACCCAUGUCGAGCAGCGACCAUUUUACGUCUGGGCCUACCACCGAUUCCGGCGACUGAUCCAUCGCCUCUUUCACUACCCCUUGCUCUCGAAUUACACUCGCAACGCGUCCUCACCAGCCGUUGACACCGCCUAUAUGCUUUUGGAACAUAUCGGCCCCGAGACCGGAAGUAUGCUUUCAUGUACCUGGACUCAACAUAUGCGCGACGCAAACCGGCGAGCUCGCCUGUUCCAGGGCAUGUCGCGUAUUAUGCUCUCGCUUGCUCGGCUUCCACACCCACAUAUUGGAUCCUUUAAAUUCAAUGCCAGUGACGGCACAAUUCAGCUUUCUAACCGGCCCCUGACAUGCACCAUGAUGAUUUUCGAGAAUAGCGGGACGCCGCGAACAAUUCAGCCGCACCAACUCUACCAGAGCACUGACAGUUUCGCCUCCGAUAUGCUUACGCUAUAUGAUAAUCACCUCCUUCACGACCCUCAUGCUGUGCGAGAUGCAGAUGAUGCCCGAGAACGAAUGACGAUUAGGACAUUACUUCGAACGAUAAUGCACCGCUUUAUUCUGCCAGGUCGGAGGAACGGCCCUUUCCUCCUUCAAUUGACCGACUUUCAUCAAAGCAAUAUUUUUGUGGACGAUGAUUGGAACGUUACUUGUUUGAUUGAUCUUGAAUGGAUCUGCGCGCUUCCUGUGGAAAUGUUGUCCGUGCCACACUGGCUUACAAACUGCAGCAUCGAUGGUAUCAUCGACGAAGAGUACAGCACUUUUGACGAAGUGCGGCAGGCCUUCCUAAAAGUUAUGGAUGAGGAGAAUAGGAGCGUACGGAUGGAACAUGAUAUUGACAUCACAAGCACGAUGAGAGAUGUUUGGGAGUCUAAAGGAGUGUGGUUCUGGGCCUGCGUGAGAUCUAUAAAUGCUUGGCUUUUCGUGUUUGAGGAUCACAUUCUACCCAAAUUCUCCGCCGAUAGAGCACUAGUUGUUGACCUGAAGCAGGUCUCGACAUUUUGGCAAGAGAACGUUGGACAGGUUGUAAAAGCCAAAGUAGACGACGAAGAAAGGUACCAGGCGGAGCUCUGGUCUCUCUUUCAUGAGGGACUCUACUGA